CGACAGCUUUCUUCUCUUCUUCUUCUCAACAACACACUCUGCUUUCUCGUCGCUCUUCUCAUCAUCACAUCGAUAACGACCUGAACAGACAAGACUCCAAUUGACACGACCCCCUGCCCGCAACUAACGACAUCUACAACCCACAUCCAGAAUGUCGUCCGAAACCGCUCCCCUCCUCCCCACCUCGGUCCGAUCGCACCUCCCCUCGCAGUCCCAGGUCCAGUCCAAACUCCCUUCCAAGCAACAACGAAUCCAAGUCUCUCAAUCCGUCGGCGCCUUGAAGGCCGGCAAGUUCCCCUCGCAAGACCAAGUCUCGCGCAUGAUCGAUGUCGUCGUCAACAGCGACGUCUUGAAGUCGGGUGGGGGACCUAACAGCCGGACCGCUAGGUUGGGCGAGGAAGGUACGCGGUUGUCGGAAGACUUCAAGAACGUCUUGAGGUGUUUGAAGAAGUGGGGCGAGGAGAAGAACGGGGACGACUUGUUGCAAAACUUGUUCCACAACGCUUCUCAUAUCGACUACGAUGUCGAGGUCGGCGGCCCAUCCGUCACCAUGUCCGGCCAGGCCGAGCUCGCUCAAGACUCGAUGAUCUUGAUCCGCAAGUUCAUCAGCCUCGCCCAGGUCAUGAUCACCUCUCCCUCCUUCCGCAAGCUCGGAUCCGACAUCAUCCUUCUCAGCCGAGACAUCCUCGCUGACGCUGCCGAGAUGACCGCCGAAUCUGCUAGCGAGGCUGCCAAGGUCACUCGACCUUCAGAGCAGGAGAGGGAGCAAGGUCUGGAUUACGACAAGAUCAAGGACAAGGGCAAGGUUCACGCCAAGCACACUAUCAGCGGGCUUUACCAGGCCCAGGCCAAGGAGGAGGCUUUCGACAAGGGCGUCGCUUUGAAGAACUACCUGGACGAAAAGCUCCCCGCCGCCGACGAGGCCAAGGACGCCCUCAUCAACCGAAUGAAGGACAUGAUCUCCCACGCCCAGACCACCCCCGAAUACAAGGAAUCCAUGGACACCCUCAUCCACAUCGCCAAGAAGUACAUGUCCAAGGCUCAAGAGGCCGUCGAGGAGGUCAAGGACAAGUCGGACGCUAGCAUCGACGAGGACAGGGUUCAACAGGCCGGAAAGGACUUGAAGACGUUUGUCGAGAGGCUCGCUGGCAAGAGCUUGGACCCGGUCGUCGAGGCUGGGCAGAAGGCUUCGGAGGAUAUCAGGGGAGACCCAAAGUUGACCGCAUACUUUGAGGCGAUCGAGGAGUUUAUGGACCGAUGCAUGAACGAUCCCAAGUACGUCACUUCGCAACGAGCCUACCGCAAGGCUUCCUCGUUGUACGACGACGGUCAAUCCUUGAUCAAGAACAACCCUACCUGGAAGUCGGACGCCGACAAGCUCAGGAAAGAGGUCGAAUCCUUCUUCAACGCCCUCUCGCACGACAAGACCUCGGGAGAGCUCGUCGACGCCAUCGAGACCUUUGGGGAGGACAGCGUCGAGGCUGGACACGUCGGCUGGAACAGCUUGAAGAGCGAAGGAAGGGGGCUGUACAGGGACGCUGUGGAUGUCAUCCUGCCCAGGUUGGUCGGACUCGUCAAGGAGAUUCCUGUACCCAGGAUCGAGUUCAAGAGCGCCGAUGUUGACCUCGUCAUCGACGACUUGACGCUCGAGUCUGCCUCUUUCAUCCCCGACUCGAUCAAGUUUGUCGCCCACAACGAUUUCGAGUUUGUCCAGGGAUACGCUACCUACGCCUCUGAUUACGACAGCUCGGUCCGACUCCGAGUCAAGGGCUUGCAUGUCCAGGCCAAGGACAUUGCCUACUGGUUCCACAAGAAGUCCGGCUGGGUUACUUUCGAAGACUCGGGUCUUUUGGACGUCCAGUUCGGUCCCAAGGGAAUCUCGUUCGACGUCGUGCUCGAAAACGCCGACGAGGACUCGAGGGAGACCUUCUUCAAGGUCAAGAGCACCAAGGUCUCGAUCGUCGGAUUUGACUACCAGAUCAAGAACAACGACCACUGGAUGGCCACCUGGUUGGCCAAGGCUCCCGUCAGGGCCAUCUUGUUGCAACAAAUGACCCAGGCUCUCGAGCUCCAGAUCGCCGAGUCCCUGCGACAGGCCGAUUUCGAGCUUUACGGAUUGCAACAGCGAACCAUUGCCGCUACCAACGCUCGACCUUCGCCCGCCAACUACUUGAAGGCCGUCUUCUCGACCUCGGUCUUUGGCUCCGGUCCUUCAUUGACCAAGGCUGGAAGCGUCAGGCCUACUUCCAAGGGGCUCGUCAAGUACGGAAAGCGGGGCGAGUACGUCUUGCACGUCGGUGUUGAUGAAGAGCUCUUCCCCAACAAGCCCGCCGCCCGUGUCCGAAACUCUAAGCGGGACAACAUCCGAGCCAAGGUCGACCAGGGCAAGGGACUCGCCGGAACCGCCCAGAGCCGGGUCAAGAAGGACGCCGACAAGGCCAAGAGCGCCGUCCGGGGCGAGGCUAGCACCAUGUCCCGUGCUGCUAGGCAACAGGAGAGGCGAGAGAGCCGAAGCGAGGGAUGGAGGAGCGACGUCUUUGACGUUUAGACUCUGGAAUCCCCUCGUAGUGCCUCUCGUUCUCGUUAGUGUAGCCCCCCGUCUUUCUCCCUUUCUCUUCCUUUACGCGUAACCACACCCCCGCCUCGUUUUAUGUAGAACCUUAGAUUCUGUUGUCGUACGAAAUCUGAAAUGACCCGCUGUUGCCGCUUGUUAUUACAUUACUAGUCUUGUCCGAAUUCGAUGCAUGUUUAUGUCCCUCUUGCC